GUUGAUUCUGGGACUUCAAAUUCUUCCUCUUCGUUUUCUUUGCUGGUUCUCAGCUUAAUGGGCUGUGAUUUGAGGCAACAGCAGGCGAUGAAGAGGAGCAGGCGUGGGCCGAGAUCGAGGAGUUCGCAGUAUCGGGGAGUUACGUUCUAUCGGAGGACGGGGAGAUGGGAAUCCCACAUUUGGGACUGUGGGAAGCAGGUUUAUUUGGGGGGAUUUGACACUGCUCAUGCUACUGCUAGGUAUAUAUAUCUUGGGUUAUUUGAUAGCGAAAUUGAAGCUGCAAGGGCUUAUGACAGGGCAGCAAUCAAAAAUAAUGGAAGUGAAGCUGUUACCAAGUUUAACCCAACUACUUAUGAUGGUGAAAUACUUACUGAAACCAAUAAUAGUGGUAUUACCGGUUCGUAUAUUUUUUCCACUUGUUUUUUCUGA